AUGCCCGCACAGACCGUUCCAGUUAUCACCAAGGAGGAGCUGGCCGAGCAAAUCUCGCCAACAAAGUGCUUGAUUACGUUGCACCACCGUAAGGUCUACGACGUGACGCCGUUUCUCGACGAGCACCCUGCAGGCGGGGACAUUAUCAUGGAGUUCAACGGCAAGGAUAUAACUGAUAUUUUGCGCGACCCAGAUUCUCAUCAGCAUAGUGAGACAGCCUAUGAAAUGCUUGACGAGAUGUACUUUGUUGCUAUUCUUUCUACUGAUGAAGAGGCCAAGAAGAUUCUUACAAAGGACAAUCGACACUCAUUCAAGCUGGCCUCUUCUGGUAUACUGACAGAAGCCACCCCUGGAGAAACUGCUUCGUCAUCUAAGCUUACUGGAACUGCUGAAGUUGAUCUCCAUAUCACCACCGAUUUUGAUAACGAUUAUAAGGAGCACAAGUUUAUUGAUCUUAAUAAGCCCCUGUUCCCUCAGGUGCUUUUUGCAAAGUACAAUAAAGAGUUUUAUCUUGAUCAGGUCCAUCGACCCCGUCACUAUGGCAAAGGUUCUGCUCCAAUCUUUGGAAACUUCAUGGAACCUUUCUCACUUACGCCCUGGUACGUUGUUCCGCUCAUUUGGAUCCCUUUCAACCUUUAUAUUAUCUCCAUUUGCUUGCAAGGAUUGUCGCCACUGUAUGUUGUUCCCCUGUACGUUUGUGGUCUGUUUCUUUGGACCCUUAUCGAGUACAUCCUACACCGCUUCCUUUUCCAUAUUGAGCGCUGGCUGCCUGACCACCCCUUAGCUUUCACAGCUCACUUUUUGCUCCAUGGUGUUCACCACUACCUCCCAAUGGACCGCAUGCGUCUUGUCAUGCCUCCUGCUAUGUUUAUCAUUCUCUGCACACCUAUCUACAAACUUUGCCACUUCCUCUUCCCUCAAUACUAUGUGGCCAUGUGCAUUUUUGCUGGUGGCCAUAUGGGCUAUAUCAUGUACGACGUGACCCACUACUCACUUCACCACAUUCGUCUGCCUGAAUUUAUGAAGGAUGUUAAGAAGCAUCAUCUUGACCACCACUACAAAAACUAUGAUCUUGGAUAUGGUGUGACUUCCAAGUUCUGGGACUCUGUUUUUGGCACCACCAUGCGCGAUGAUGUCCCAUCUCGUCUUCUUAAAGGAUACAAAUAA